UCACAAAUGCAGACUUGCAGUGCCUAUUGCAAUUGAGCCUUACCAAUUGGUUUAUAUAGAACCUUAUUGCACAUACGCUUUGAAUUUGUUUUGCGGCAUUGUAUUUAUUGACAUUAAACGAUUUAUUUACCGACUUUGUAUAACAACGUACAACGGACACCGAUUUUGUAUUAUUAUAUCGACUUUGGCUGUGUUUUCGGAUUUAUUGAGAACGACACAUAACUAGCAUUUAAUACGGACUUACGAUUUUAAAUAUGGGAUUAGACGAUGUAUUUUGCAUCAAUUGCGGUUCGCCAUCUGCUUGCAUAAUGUUAGAAGACCAGCAAAUCCUUCAAUGCAUACAGCAAAGGACCACUCCGCGGUUGGUUCAAGCACAUGAUCACAUAUGCACAGAAUGUUGGUCGAAUGCUAAAGACACAAUAACUGCCUCUUCUCUUGUAGGCAAAAGUUGUGUUCUUUGUCAUGUAGCAUUGCCACAUCGGGCUCGUUCACACCAUGUUAUUGCUAUGAGAAUGGAUACUCAACAUUAUAAGAAUAUCAGAAAUAUCAUCACAGAAAAAAUUCUUCCAUUAGAGGUUCAAGCAUCACAUUAUAUUUGCCAUCCCUGCUGGCAACGUGCUGAUCGUGCUGCCAAGCAGUAUACAAGGCCAUCUACAUCAAACAGCACUGCAAGAGGUAGUACUCAAUUAAAAUGUGUGAACUGUGGAAUUAAUGUCACAAGAAUGAAACGCCAUAUUUUAAAUGAUGAGAUAAUUUUACAUCACAUACAGCAACGAGUUGCACCUAAAAUGGUGACUGCAAGUGAUUACAUAUGUGAUGCAUGUCAUUUAUUAUUUCAUAAUGACAACCCAGUUUCUGAAGAUUAUGAUUCUGUAGGCCACAGGAAUGUGUGCAUAAAAUGUGGGUACUCUGUAAGAGGACUUCGUCAUUACAAGGUAUUAAAUGAGAAUCAUGAGCAUAUUUUAAGUGUUGUGCAAAACUGGAUUUACCCACAAGAGGUUCAAUCAGCAGAUGUCAUUUGCCAUAGAUGCUUUCAAAAAGCCGAAGCAGAUUUUCGUACAAAUGCCCUAUUGCCUUAUAACACUUCAGCACAAUCUGAAAUAAUAAUCUUACCAAAUUAUAGACGAGCCCCUCAUACACAUGCACGAUGUAUAUUCCCAAGUUGCAACAGUAAAUCACAACAAUUAGUGCCUGAUGUAAUAAGGGUAAGGUUAUUCAGUGACCAUAAAUAUUAUAUAUCGCCAGGCUGUCGUAUAUGUAGAUUCCAUUUAGAAAGUCAAUCAUGGUCACUUUUAUUCGAGGCUGAUAAUACCCAGCAUAGUUUUUCUGCAACACAAAUAGAAGACUUCUGUGAGCUCCUAAAACAAAAUAAAAAUGAGGAUUUUGAAAAUAUUUGAAUCCAUGGAUAACCAUGUGAUAUGGCACUGGCUGGGACGCACAAGAGUACAAUUCAAAGAAAUUGAAGCUGAAUUAUUAUCUGAAUAUCUGAAAAAAAGAAAGAAAGGCAAUUAGUGCUUAUUUAAUGACGAUUCACACAUGAGAUUCAGAUGAGAGAAUGGCAUCAUUAUUUAAUGUCAGCAGAAGCACUAUUAGAAGGCUAAUAACCAAGGCCAGAGAUACAGUGUAAUAAAAAAUAAUAAAAAAAAGCUUGUUAUAAUAAUAUGGGUUGUUAGGUUAACAAGAAAGUUAUGAUUUCGAGCGCCAGGCAGAGUAAUCUAUAAAGACUACAACAGCCUAUUUAUAGAACUAAAUAAGCCAUCGGAUAAGAUCAGUUGGCGCAUUAAAUUUUAAUCUUAGGCAAGUGGAAAAUCAAACCAAAUUACAUUUCAAGUAUCACUUUAACUGAUUAUGUGGAGCGCAAUAAAAUUAAUAAGAAGGGCGUUAUUUCACAGCAUUUUUGUAGAAAUUAAAAUUCUUAUAGACUUUCCUUAAUUGAAUUAUGACUUAAUUUUAAUAUCACUUGCCAUUUACCCAGUCAUACUAUGGGGAACAUAAAAUACAAGAUGGUUCAUAUAUUAUUUAAGUAUGCAGGGAGGUUUUUGAGGGCUUGUUGAACGAAUUCGAGUCAACUGUAGGAAACACUUCGUUGCUACAAGGUAAAAUACGCAGUCGACGUAUGAGUAAAAUUAUAUACUUAAUUAUAAUUGACACUUGUCAAAUUGGCAAACAAGGCUAUCUACUGCUGUAAUUAUCUUGUUAGCCAUAGAACAAUUGGUUGCUGCACCCACGUGAUGACCAUUAUAUGGUACAGGAGCUGGGCAAGAUAACAAACCCCCCUGCAGAGUUCUUAAAUACUAUUUUGAUUGAAAAUAUAGAGGAUCCUCAAGAUGUAUAAUGGUCACUGCUUAAUAUUAUAUUUGGUUGUCAAUAUCUAAUUUCAAGUAAUAAAUGAAAUUAAAACUAUCUAUUUUUAUUUUUUAACAUUCAUAUCUAAUAUAAUAUGUAGCAAUUAAAUAUCUAUGUGUGAUUUUAGAUUAUAUUAAUAUCUGAUGCUCUAGGCCAUUCAUAGAAAACAGGUUCCUCGAUAUUAAUAAUACGACUACGUAAAAUGGUUAUUCUAUUCUAGAAAAAGUCCACAAAUAUAAUUCAAUUUUAUUGGAAUGUAGUUGUUAUUAUCUA